AAAAUGAAGACUUUGACUGUCUUAUAGAGAUCCUAAAGAGUAUAGAGAAUGAAGUUAAUAAUGAAUAUCAUAAACAACAUCUUAAGUCAUUACAGAAUAUUAAUCAAGGAGAGAAAGCUAAUAUAAGAAACUUAAGCAAAGAUGUGAGAAUUGAAGAUGAUCAUAUUAAGGAACACAUAGCUGGUGGAAUUGCUGAUAUACUUUUACAGGAGAUUAAGUUAAACGCACUUCAAAGAGUUUCUGGAGGAUCUGAAAAUACGUUACAAAAAACUGGAUCAAGAAGAGAUAAAUCUGAUCUCAUGUUCUGUGCUUAUCUUUAUCAAAAGUGGGAAAAAAUCAUUAUCUUUGAAAGUGGAAAAUGGGAUACUAAUGAGGAUAAAAUCUGCCAUGACCAUAAUAAAUUAGUUCAACUCUAUUUGGAUGGUAUUAAAGAACUUGUAAAGAAAUGUACAAAAGAAACAUUCUAUCAAAAUUAUAUAGGAUUCAGGGUUAAUAUUGCAGGUAAAUAUCUAGAGAUUUAUGGUUUAAUAAUGGAAAAAGAGGUAAAAUAUUAUCUUCCAGUCGUUAAAGCAAAAAUACCCUUUGAUAAAGAGUCAGUUAAGGAAAUCGAAGAGUUCGUUCAUGUUCUGUUAGUUUUGCGAAAUGGAAUUAUCGUAAAUUUACAGAGUAUUGUAAAUAGUUUUCAAAAAAGGUCAAGAAAGAUGAGUAGUAUAAGUCCUCCUUCAUGUAAAGCUGGAAGAUUAAGCAAGAAAAAUAGUGCGAAUUUUUGA